AUGUCUGCUUUUGAAGGAAAGAAUUGGUAUGAAAUAGCGAGAUACAAUGAUGAUUUCGAGGGAUCUGAAGAUUGCACAAUUAUGACGUUUAAAGAAGAGAAUGGAGUCGUGCUUUUUAAUGUGCGAAGUACCGCUAACAAUGAUAUCAGAAAUUUCGGUGGUUCCGUCGACUUAAGGGCUAACAAAGACGGUGUCAUGUAUUACCAUUCCAGGGUUUUCAACGGUGAAUCCGAUAACACGAUCCCAACAAUCAUAAUGGCGGUAGACUACAACAGCUAUGCAGUUCUUUACUUCUGUAUGAUCGAUGAAAAAACCAAGAAGAAAACUGAUAUGGCUUGGAUCUUAAGUACUACGAAGACGCUGAACGCCGAAGCAAAAACAGCAAUUGAAAACUUAUUCCAAGCUAAUAAAAUUAUUGACAAGAGCAGGUUCGUUUGGGAAAAGUUCACCAACGCUGCUUGCAAAGGAGACGUUUAA